CUCACCCCCCACCCCUGGUGUGUCAUUUCCCAGGGAGCCACCACACAAGCAAGAGAGAGUUUGGCAGGACGGCAGGAUGCCACCUAAAGCGAAAGGAAAGGGGAGAAAAGCUGGGGCAGGGGCGAAGAAAAAGAACUCCAGUCCUGGUGUGGAGGCCGAGGCCAAGCACAGGCUGGUGAUACUAGAAAAGGAGCUGCUUCAGGACCGCUUAGCUCUACAGAGGGAAGAGGCUCGCCGAGCCAAGGCUUCCGAAGACAGGCUGAAGCAGAGGGUACAAGAGCUGGAAGCUGAACUGGAAAGAACCCAAAGUGAAGGGAAGGUCGCAUACGCGGAGAUGAGCCGCCAGCGUCGAGCCCUGCAAGAGGAGCUGGGGACCAGAAGCAGGCAGCUAGAGGAGGAAGUGAGAGGUCUAAGGGAGCAGCUAGAAACAUGCCAGAGGGAGGCUAAGACAGCAAGGCAAGAGGCUGAGCAAGCCCUCAGAGAGCAAGAUGGAGCCCUGACUCAGCUUCGUGCCCACGUGGCAGACAUGGAGGCUAAAUAUGAGGAAAUCUUGCAUCUGAAAGCUUGCUGUUCACAGGACAACCUGGACUGUUUAUUGGCCAAGCUGAGAGUGGUUAAGCCUCACUGGGAUGCAGCUACGCUGAGACUCCACACCAAACACAAGGAGCAGUUACGGCAAUUUGGUCUCAACCCCCUGGAUCUUUGAGGCCAGUGGCCUCUAACCUCUAAGGCCUAUAAAUAAAGCAACUUGAUGUAGAAUUCAAUAGAACUGUGUGGACUGUGGCCUUUGGCAGUGAGGACAUCUAUGUUCUGGGUUGAUCCAUUGUCCUAAACCCUGAGUGGUAAAGAACAAUGUUCUAAAUCCUUUCUUACAGAAACUAGACCCUAUUCCCUUAAGCCUGGAUCACCCUUGGUCCCUUUAAACUACCUUGGCUUAAAUGGGUAUGGUGGCGCACGCCUUUAAUCCCCACACCUGGGAGGCAGAGGCAGGUGAAUCUCUGAGUUUGAGGCCAGCCUGGUCUACAAAGUGAGUUGUAGGACAGCCAGGGCUACACAGAGAAACCCUGUCUUGACAAAACAAAACUAUCUUGGUUUUUCCUGACCAAUAAAACACAAA